AUGAGACUAAUUUUCUUAUCUGCUCCUAGGAAGAGAGGAAGUUACUGGAGGGCUAAUCGAAGGGCUAAAUCUCUCAGAUUUCGGGUGUUCCAUGGCUUCACCAAAGACUCAACCUCGGGAUUUCCGGGUAUUCGUUGCAACUUGGAAUGUGGGAGGGAAGGCACCCAAUCUUGACAUUAACCUUGAAGAUUUCUUUCUAACUGAGGAUUCUGCAGAUAUUUAUGUCUGUGGUUAUGAUUGUUUCAGGCUUCAUUUCAUUUAUAUAAAAUGACAAGAUUUUGGAGUUUUUUUUACUUAGAACAUCGAUUUCCCAGGUUUCAGGAAAUAGUUCCACUCAAUGCCGGAAAUGUUCUAGUGAUUGAAGACAAUGAGCCUGCUGCAAAAUGGUUGGUCCUUACAAACCAAGUACUUAACAAGCCCGAUUACGACAUCACGCAGCCAUCUCCCGACUGUAUCCAAAGUUUGAAAUGCUCCCAGUCCUUAUUGAAGGAGUCAAAAUCUCCCAACAGUCACUUCUUCCACAAGCCGUCACUCAAAAUCCGUAGUAAGAAUUUCAGGGCGGAAAGUAGCCUUCUCAAGACCUGCAAUUGUCCGAUUGAAUCCACACAUGGGGCGAAACGAGGGCAAAAAAAGCUUAGGGAUUUAGCCAGCAAACAAGACCUCCGUCCCCUACCCGCGCGUCGUGAUGGUGCCGCUGAUGAUGACUUGGUUGAUCUUUCUAAUAUGCCCCAAAACUUUUCCAACGGACACAUGGGUUACCGGCUCGUAGCUAGUAAGCAAAUGGUUGGGAUUUUCCUCUCGAUAUGGGCUCGAACUGAGUUAGUACCAUACAUUGCUCAUCUACGAAUUUCCUGUAUAGGAACAGGAAUAUUGGGACGUCUCGGCAACAAGGGAUGUAUAGCAGUAAGCAUGACAUUGCACCAGACCAGCUUUUGCUUCGUCUGCAGUCACUUAGCUUCGGGUGAGAAGGAAGGCAAUGAACCCAAGAGAAAUGCUGAUGUUAACGAGAUACUCAGAAGCACGCAGUUCCCCAAGAUGUGCAAAGCUUCGAAUCCUCGAGCACCGGAGAGAAUUAUAGAACAUGACCGAGUAAUAUGGCUUGGAGAUUUGAAUUAUCGGGUAGCCUUGAGCUAUGAGAAAACCAGGACUCUGUUGGAGGGGAACAAUUGGGACGUCCUUCUCGAGAAAGAUCAGUUAAACAUAGAGAGAGAUGCCGGAAGUGUCUUCAAUGGAUUCCACGAGGGACGAAUAAUCUUCGCUCCUACGUACAAGUAUUCGCAAAAUUCAGAUUUAUAUGCCGGUGAAACUGUUAAAUCGAAGAAAAAACGACGAACCCCUGCAUGGUGUGAUCGAAUAUUAUGGCACGGUUACAGCAUUCAGCAAUUAUCGUACGUCCGUGGUGAGACGAGAUUCUCCGAUCAUCGGCCCGUUUCGUCAUUGUUUACGGUGAAAGUCGAAGUGACGAGAAAAUCCGGUAACAGAUUCAGGAAAGGUUAUUCAUGUGCGGUAAAGAGAUCGCAAUACGAAGAUUCUAUACCUAAACGGCAUAGUUUCUAUGAGUUGUAACUCCAAAUUUUAUUUGUUUAUUCCCUUUAGAUCAUUUAAAGUAAAUUUCACCUGCAUUUAUUUUCAUCUGAAAUCACUUUCUUUA